AUGACGCACAAGAGACGGCUCGCGCCGGAGCAGGAGGCGGCGCCGUCCCCAAGGAAGCGGCUGCGGCAGGCGGUGUUCCUCGUGAUGCGGAUGGAGAGGAGGGCGAGGGCGGUCACGGCCGAGCAGAUGGCGCAGAUGGUUCGACUGGUGCAGCUCGAUAUGGCCAAACUGUUUGUACUUCUGAUGGUGCUCGUCUUGCGGAUUGGGUCCAUGGAGAGCAUGCUCCUCCAGCUCCCUAACAUGGUACGGGGAUUGGUGGCGGAGGAGUUGGCGGAUUUUCACAGAUCUCUUACGGUAUCCAUGCAAGAUAUGAUCCAGUCAGUUCGCCAGAAAGAGGAACCACAAGCAGCUUCGCUUCCUAAUGGUGUUAAUGAGCCUUCAACUUCAAGGGUGGUACCACAAGGUCUUCCUGAAGCUGGAGGCAGCUCCGGGGUAGUCAGGCUACGGUUUGUUGGUGCUGACAGACCAGAAGAUCCACUUUUCACUCGUUGUCCAGUAGAGUGGCAGAAUGGAGAAAACCCUAGGGUAGCAAUAUUUCGAAAUGAGAAGCAGAUCACAGGUGGUGAUCUUUCUAAGGUGCAGAUUGAGAUUUUGCCAGUCAAUGCCGAAUUCUUUACUGAGAGAGGCCAAGAUGAUUUCACCAAAGAGGAAUUCAACAAACAUAUACAUAUGUGUAGUGGGAAAGAGACAGUCUUGGCAACUAUUACUCUAAGAAAUGGUGAGGCCGAUCUUGGUUCCAUCAUCUUUACAGAGACAUCCCACCUGAAAAAGUUGCGUUUGACAGCAAGAGUCAAAAGGCAGGAUCUUACAGUCAGAGUUCAAGAAGCAAUCACUGAUCCUUUUGUUGUCAAAGACAUCCGAAGUCGAUCAAAUGCAAAGAGUAAUCUUCCAUCGAAGGGAGAUGCAGUACAUACAUUGAAGGGAAUUUCCAAAAAUGGAAAACAUUUCGCUGCCCUUGAGGGGAAAAACAUUACUACAGUGAAGCACUUGAUGCGUCACUAUCACAAAGAUAAAUCUAGUCUCCAAGAGCUUACUGGCAUGAAAGAAAAGAGUUGGAGUACAAUGAUUGAACAUGCCAGCACGUGUGCUCCUGGUGAUGAGAUCUUUUCUUAUAGAGUUACAGAGGAAAAUUGUGAAGUCUUAUUCAAUGAUUUAUAUGAUCUUGUUGGUAUAAUAAUCAAUGGACAGUAUGUUCCCGUCAGAAAUCUUGAUAAAUAUCACCAGCGUAAAGUGGAAGACUGGAAAAUAUCCGCGUAUAAGAAAUUUGACGAGCAGGAGAAUUCUGGGGGUCUUGCCGCUGAUUACUUCAUGAGCAAUGACGACUGCCCUGUCCGUGAAAAGCCUCUGAACAAUGAAUCAUGUCCUUCUGUACAAGCUAGACCAACAUGGAAAUAUCCUAAUGACAUGGCUGCACAACAAGAAUUUGGUGAGCAAUAUCACAUUCGGCAGCCGAAUGGGUUCUCACUAGCCGAAGUCCUAGCAAACAAUAACGCUGGUCCUUCCAACCAAGAAGCACCACUGAAUUCGCAGCACACUGUUGGUCAAGACCUUGGUCAGCACGGUCCUUCUAUGCCACAGAAUGGAACUCUUUGCAGUCAUCGGACCCAGGGGAAUAUCUUAAAUGGCCAGGGAUCGUUACCAGCACAGCCAACUAUGCCAUCCUUCAAUUUUCCACCAGUUCCAGAGGAUGACUGGAUCACACGUGCAAGACUGAUUGGCCAACAGAAUGGAUACUUAAGCUCCUCGGCGACUGAUGCUCCUGGUACCUCUUUUCCGGUAACAGAUGGAGUUAGUCAGGCGACCUCUUUACUUAACCAAGCUGAGGAUGACAGCUUCAGUGAGUUAUUUGAAAAAUGGCUCGGAGAGGAAGAAGCACGUGGGGCAGACCAGGACAUCAUACCAGCUAACAACGCAAAACUGCCGAAUUCCAACAAUCAAUUCCACGGUUAAGAGCAUGGUGAUGGCAACUAGUGAUUAACUUGAGACCACUGCUACAGGCUUUCCUCUGCAAGAGUACCCUAUUCAGAGUGAUCAAGCAAUUAGGCUGUAAAUAUAAUGUUGCCAGUAGCAACACAGAUUUUUCAAGUUGCUCCAUAAUUUGCUAAAGUCAUCCGGCUUGUAUUCUUACAAAAAGAUCUUCCAGAAUUGAAAGCUGUUGUCUUGUAUUGAGUACGAAGAGCAAAUAUUUGUAUUGUUAAU